CAGUCGUGCUGGGCACUGAUUUUUGAUCUGUCUCUCCUGUGAACUGAGGCCCAUCUGCGAUCUCAGCAUGACAAGCUACACAGAUAAAGGAGAGAAGCCUGCAAGGGGAAAGUUUCUCAGGUUUCAUCAUGUCACCUUCUGGGUCGGCAACGCCAAACAGGCAGCCUCGUUCUACUGUGAUAAGAUGGGCUUCGAGCUUCUGGCCUACAAAGGUCUGGAGACUGGCAGCAGAGAGGUGGUGUCUCAUGUCAUCAGACAGGAUAAGAUCAUACUUGUGUUUCAAUCUCCAUUAAAUCCAGGAAAUGAAGAGAUGGGAGAACACUUGAUUAAACAUGGAGAUGGAGUCAAAGACAUCGCUUUCCAAGUUGAGGACUGUGAUUUCUUAGUCAAGACCGCCAUGGAGCGAGGAGCUGUCAUCAUGAAGCAGCCCUGGGUGGAGCAGGAUAGCCACGGGAGGGUCAAGUAUGCUGUGAUUCAGACGUACGGAGACACGACACACACACUCAUUGAGUACCUUGGACCCUACAAAGGCCUUUUCCUGCCAAACUACAAAGAGCCUCUGUUCAGGGAUCCUCUGUUAGCCAAACUUCCACCAGGAGGUUUGAACUUUAUCGAUCACAUUGUGGGAAACCAGCCAGAUGACCAAAUGGUGCCAAUUUCAGCAUGGUACGAGAAGUGUUUGAUGUUCCACCGGUUCUGGUCAAUAGAUGACAAGCAGAUCCACACUCAGUACAGCGCGCUCAGGUCCAUAGUGGUGACUAACUACGAAGAGACCAUUAAGAUGCCGAUCAAUGAACCUGCCAUGGGAAAGAAGAAGUCACAGAUCCAGGAAUAUGUGGACUACAACGGGGGUCCAGGUGUUCAGCACAUUGCUCUCAACACAACAAACAUUAUUCAAACCAUCGUGAACCUGCGAGCCAGAGGGAUGGAGUUCCUCGCAGCCCCUGACACAUACUACGACACCCUGAGGGAGAGCCUCAAAACUGCCAAAAUCAAGGUGAAGGAGGAUCUUGACCGUUUACAGGAACUGAAAAUCCUUGUUGAUUUUGAUGACAAAGGUUACCUCCUUCAAAUCUUCACCAAGCCUGUGCAGGACAGGCCAACACUUUUCCUGGAGGUCAUACAGAGGAAUAACCACUUUGGCUUUGGGGCAGGAAACUUCAAGUCUCUCUUUGAGGCCAUUGAGAAGGACCAAGAUGCCAGGGGCAACCUCACUGUGCUGACACCUGAAGGGAAGGCCAAAGCCUUCUACUGAUCCUCCAACUGCUGCUGCCAAACCACACACCAAGACUGUUAUAUAUGGCUAUACAUUUCACAGGUCAUCAGCGGCUCCCACCACAACUGCAAUGUAUCAAACACAAAUGCAGAGUGUUGAAUAUCUGCAUGUGACAAGCUGCAAGUGUUAUGAGAUAUGCUUUAAGCUGUCAGUAGAUUGCACGGUGUAUGGCUAAAUAAAGAAACUCAUGUUGG